AUGGAUCGAAUCUCCAUCUGGGUACUCUUCAUUUCAGUCAUUCCCUAUAUCCAGACAGCAAAUUCUGAUGAGGAAGAAUUCCGGGGCUCACUGAUCCGCUUUUACAGAAAACUCGGGAGCAGCUAUAAUGCAUCCCGUCGUGUUUUAUCCUCGGAAUCAGAUCAGGCAAAAAGCCCCGGCAUCUCAACCGGCCAGCUUUUCAUGUUCUCAGGCUACUUCUUCGUGGGCCUGGCUCUUUUCCUUGUGAUCAUUAUCAGAGUUUGUAAAAGAAACAAGAUGAAAGCAGAACAAGCUGGUUCAACUGAUGAGAAGCUAGUAUCAGCUGAUCAUGGCAAUUUCUACAAGCAGCCCGAUAUCUGUUCAGGGCCUUCAGGCGAGUCGAGAACAGGCCAGUACCAGUCAGAAACCUCGGCUGAAAGCGGGAUGGCAUCGACAUCGGUGAUAGUCCUUUCGAGUCCAGAGGUGAACGGGCUCAGAUUUGAGGAUCUGCUUAAGGCUCCAGCUGAACUGGCGGGCAGAGGGAAGCAUGGAUCUGUGUACAAGGUGACAUGCGACCAGGGCAUGACUCUGGCUGUGAAGAGGAUUAAGAAUUGGGUGAUUUCGAGCAACGACUUCAAGCAGAGAAUGACAAGGUUGGAGCAAGUGAAGCAUCCAAAUGUGUUGGCAGCCAAGGCCUUUUACUGCUCCAUACAAGAAAAGCUUCUGGUUUACGAGUAUCAACCGAAUGGGAGCCUCUCCAUGCUUCUCAAAGGAAGCCAAACGGUGAAAGCCUUGGACUGGAGCUGCCGGCUUGGCAUAGCCGCCACCAUUGCCAACACGCUUGCUUUCAUGCACCAUGAGCUUCUCGAAGAUGGCAUCCCCCACGGAAAUCUGAAAUCCUCCAACAUUCUGCUCAACGCCAACAUGGAACCGUGCAUGAGCGAGUACGGUCUAAUGGAGUCCGGCGAUGGCAAUGAUGAAAGCCGACCGCCCGCUGUCACUGCCUCCAAACGCCACGCCGCCUUCAAGGCGGACAUCUACGGCCUCGGCGUGAUUCUCCUGGAGCUGCUCACCGGGAAGUCUGCAGUGCAGAACAGCGACGUGGACUUGGCCAAAUGGGUCCUGUCAGUGGUCCGGGAGGAGUGGACAGUGGAAGUGUUCGACAAGAGCCUGAUUCUGGCCGGAGCCAGCGAGGAAAGAAUGGUGAACUUGCUGCAGAUUGCCGUGAAGUGCGUGAACCGGCGGCCCGAGGACCGGCCGGCGAUCAACCAAGUGGCUCUUAUGAUUAAUACUAUCAAAGAGGAGGAAGAUGGAUCCAUGGUUAGGGAAACAGCUUCCGAGUAGAGCAGUUUGGUGGUGGGGAUGCAUGGAUUUUCCGCAUGUGGUA